AUGGCAAGUUUUCAACCGGUUAACCCCAAACCGUUUAUAAAGUCUUUGAUUAAUCGACAAGUUGUAGUACGUUUGAAAUGGAACAAGACAGAGUAUAGAGGGAAAUUGAUAUCUACGGACAAUUAUUUGAAUUUACAGCUAGAUAACACGUAUGAGAUUAUUUAUGAGCCGAGUUCUAGUGGUAGCAAGAACGAGGAGGAAAAGGUUCGAGAAGAAUUGAUUGGGAAUAUAUUUAUAAGGUGUAACAAUGUGCUAUUUAUACGAGAAUGGAAGCCCGUUGACUCUAAGACUGGAAUUGCAGGUGCAGGUGCAGCGUUGGAUAAGGAAAAAUCUGUCAAGGGUGUUGAAAAUCUGGUGGAUUCAAAGGUUGAAUGUGAUAAAGAGGAAGAUAUAGAAAUGAGCAAGGAAGAAGAUAUAGAAAUGAGCAAGGAAGAAGAUAAAGAGGGAAAUAAGAAAGAAGAUGCGGACGCUGUGGUAGAAGAUGCGGACGCUGUGGUAGAAGAUGCGGACGCUAUGGUAGAAGAUGUAAAAGAAGACAAGGAGGUAAGCAAGGAGGUAAAUAAAGAGGAAGACGAGGAGGUGAAUAAGGAGGAAGAUAAGGAGGAAAAUAAGGAGGAAAACGAGGUAAAUGAGGAGGAAGACAAGGAGGUAAUAAAGACUAUAGAGGAUGAAAAAGCUAAUGAGGCCCAGUUGGCCGAGUUGUCUAUAGAAGUUGAGAGCAAUGGGGUGAGACAAUUUGUACGGCCUGAAGCUACUAGGUUGAAUGGAGUUGACAACUUAUCUACCGAUGAAAUCAAAUCCUAUGUUGAAUAUUAUCUCAAUUAUACAACCCUGAUAGACGAAGAAACCUCAAAAAUUAUCUAUAAUCAAAUUCCCUUUGACAAGCAAUUGAGUUUCCGCGUUGAAUGGAUUGAUGAUUCAAAUGUCAAUAUUGUGUUUAAAAGUAGUAGUGAAAAUAGGAGGUGUUUAGAACUAUUGAGCCAGGAUCCAAUCAUAAACAAUGACCUGGAAUCAGAUUACAUAAACGAGGUGAUAAAAGAGCGACAGGCAAAGCCUUAUAAUCCGAUUGUAGCGUUUCGCAAAAAUCAAAGCUUACUAAAUCGUUUGGGCUUAGCGGAAACAAAAGAACAACAACAACAAGAAGAAGGUGGUGGUGGAGCAGCCACUAUGGAUGAGGAUGAAUCGUUUGUUGAACUACGUCUUCGACAGUCAUUCCAGCUGGAUAGAAAGGUGAAAAAUGCAUCUCAAUUUUCAAGGUAUUACUUACUACACGGGGAACCUGAGAGACAACCGCGUCAUGCAAGAUCGGGACAUAGGCAAAACCCUCAUAGAGAAAGUAGGAAACAAAGAGGUGAAGGAAAGAAUGUGAAUGAGAAUGUGAAUUUGAAUGAGGAUGAGGAUGAGGAUCUAUUUGCAGAUAGACUAAAGGAGAGAAGGUUUAGAAGUAGAAAUCACAGAUUUACUGAUAAUAAUGACGAAGAGGACUUGUUUCCAGAAAAAUUGAAAAAGAGCCGUUCCAGAUCUCCGAUAAGAAGAAACAAUGGGUUAGCUCGCUCAAGUAGAUAG